AGCUGCGGUUCCCAGCUAAGCAAUUAUAUCUAAUAGUACAAACAUCGAAGCAUUCAAGUCGAAACAUUCAACUCGCAAACUCAACAUGCAGCCUACAGCCGUACUUCUCGCCGCCGCUGGCCUUGCCGCAGCCACUACCAUCCCUGUGUCUGUUGGCAGAAAUGGCCUCACCUUCGAGCCCAACGUGAUCCGCGCUCAUGAGGGCGACGUGAUCGAGUUCCGCUUCUGGCCGCGCAACCACAGCGUCGUGGCCGGCGACUUCACCGAGGCCUGCCGCCCGGCCGACGACAACGGCUUCUUCUCGGGUUUCUUCCCAACCCAGCCAGGCACCGUCAACGUAUGUACCUACUCUACCACCUCCAUCCCAUACAGCACCAAAACAAAAAAAGAAAAAGAAAGAAAAGAACCACAAUCCACACGCAAGCAGCACACCCACUAACUACCUACGCAACGCACAGGCCGAGGUCUUCCGCGUCACAGUGAGCCACACCAACCCGGUGCCCGUCUACUGCUCGCAGAACACGGGCCAGCACUGCCGGAACGGCAUGGUGGCCGUCAUCAACCCGGCCGGCGUCGGCCGCCUGAC